UUGUUUAAUUGAAAUUCGAUGCAUUUGUUUACAACCUUGUUUAUCAAUAACUUUACUGUAAAGCCAUUCUUAUAUUGUAUCAAAACGAAACUUCCAUGUAAUACCAAGAAAACUAUUGUAAUAUAAUCGAUAGUUAGACAAAAAGAUCUACGGUGCAUUCAAACCAUUUAGCAAAAAUAACGAACAAAAAUGCGCUAUAUCUUAAUAUUUUACUGAUCCGUUUGAGACAUAUAGUACGAUGGAAUACCUCAGAGAAGCAAAAGUUCUAAAAGGAAUAUUUCUGAUUGCAUUUUUAAUUACAGUGACAAGGGCUUCUGAAGACUCCAACAACAUCACGGACUGCGGGCCCGUUCCCAAUAUCACAAAUGGAGUUGUGCAGCUUCAGUACGAAAAUGACACUCUGUAUGGAGCACUGGCUUACGUGCUAUGCGACAGAGGGUUUGAAACAAACACAACAGUUCUAACUUGCCUCGACACUGGGUACUGGGAGGAUUGGGAAACGUUUGCAAGCUGUAAACCUAUUGACUGUGGACCAGUUCUAGAUAUUGAGAAUGGCGUUGUUGUGUUAUGGGACACGACGAAUACAUCAUAUGGAGCUACUGCGAACAUCACAUGCGAUGAAGGUUACAUUGCCAGUGCUUCAAAUAUUUCAUGUCUAGAUACAGGUUACUGGGACUACAAUGUAACCUGUUCAGGCUGUGGACUAGUCCCGGACAUAGAAAACGGUCAAAUCGUCCUCGCUGAUAUCACCAACAUAUCUUACGGGUCCGUGGCAAAUGUUACAUGUAACACUGGAUACGAAGCUAGUGUGACAAAUAUAACAUGUCUGUCGUCUGGUGUCUGGGAACAUAACGCAACUUGUUUGUCUGUUGACUGUGGACCAGUUCUAGAUAUAGAGAAUGGCGUCGUUGUAUUAUGGGACACGACGAAUACAUCAUAUGGAGCUAUUGCGAACAUCUCAUGCGAUGAAGGUUACAUUGCAAGUGCUUCAAAUAUUUCAUGUCUAGAUACAGGUUACUGGGACGACAAUGUAACCUGUUCAGGCUGUGGACUAGUCCCGGACAUAGAAAACGGUCAAAUCGUCCUCGCUGAUAUCACCAACAUUUCUUACGGGUCCGUGGCAAAUGUUACAUGUCACACUGGAUACGAAGCUAGUGUGGCAAAUAUAACAUGUCUGUCGUCUGGGGUCUGGGAACAUAACGCAACUUGUGUGUCUAUUGACUGUGGACCAGUUCUAGAUAUAGAGAAUGGCGUUGUUGUGUUAUGGGACACGACGAAUACAUCAUAUGGAGCUAUUGCGAACAUCACAUGCGAUGAAGGUUACAUUGCCAGUGCUUCAAAUAUUUCAUGUCUAGAUACAGGUUACUGGGACUACAAUGUAACCUGUUCAGGCUGUGGACUAGUUCCGGACAUAGAAAACGGUCAAAUCGUCCUCGCUGAUAUCACCAACAUAUCUUACGGGUCCGUGGCAAAUGUUACAUGUGACACUGGAUACGAAGCUAGUAUGGCAAAUAUAACAUGUCUGUCGUCUGGUGUCUGGGAAAAUAACGUAACUUGUGUGUCUGUUGACUGUGGACCAGUUCUAGAUAUUGAGAAUGGCGUUGUUGUGUUAUGGGACACGACGAAUACAUCAUAUGGAGCUAUUGCGAACAUCACAUGCGAUGAAGGUUACAUUGCCAGUGCUUCAAAUAUUUCAUGUCUAGAUACAGGUUACUGGGACGACAAUGUAACAUGUUCAGGCUGUGGACUAGUCCCGGACAUAGGAAACGGUCAAAUCGUCCUCGCUGAUAUCACCAACAUAUCUUACGGGUCCGUGGCAAAUGUUACAUGUGACACUGGAUACGAAGCUAGUGUGGGAAAUAUAACAUGUAUGUCGUCUGGUGUCUGGGAACAUAACGCAACUUGUGUGUCUGUUGACUGUGGACCAGUUCUAGAUAUAGAGAAUGGCGUUGUUGUGUUAUGGGACACGAUGCAUACAUCAUAUGGAGCUAUUGCGAACAUCACAUGCGAUGAAGGUUACAUUGCCAGUGCUUCAAAUAUUUCAUGUCUGGAUACAGGUUACUGGGACGACAAUGUAACCUGUUCAGGCUGUGGACUAGUCCCGGACAUAGAAAACGGUCAAAUCGUCCUCGCUGAUAUCACCAACAUAUCUUACGGGUCCGUGGCAAAUGUUACAUGUAACACUGGAUACGAAGCUAGUGUGGCAAAUAUAACAUGCCUGUCGUCUGGUGUCUGGGAACAUAACGCAACUUGUGUGUCUGUUGACUGUGGACCAGUUCUAGAUAUAGAGAAUGGCGUUGUUGUGUUAUGGGACACGACGAAUACAUCAUAUGGAGCUAUUGCGAACAUCACAUGCGAUGAAGGUUAUAUUGCCAGUGCUUCAAAUACUUCAUGUCUAGAUACAGGUUACUGGGACGACAAUGUAACAUGUUCAGGCUGUGGGCUAGUCCCGGACAUAGAAAACGGUCAAAUCGUCCUCGCUGAUAUCACCAACAUAUCUUACGGGUCCGUAGCAAAUGUUACAUGUGACACUGGAUACGAAGCUAGUAUGGCAAAUAUAACAUGUCUGUCGUCUGGUGUCUGGGAAAAUAACGCAACUUGUGUGUCUGUUGACUGUGGACCAGUUCUAGAUAUAGAGAAUGGCGUUGUUGUGUUAUGGGACACGACGAAUACAUCAUAUGGAGCUAUUGCGAACAUCACAUGCGAUGAAGGUUACAUUGCCAGUUCUUCAAAUAUUUCAUGUCUAGAUACAGGUUACUGGGACGACAAUGUAACAUGUUCAGGCUGUGGACUAGUCCCGGACAUAGAAAACGGUCAAAUCGUCCUCGCUGAUAUCACCAACAUAUCUUACGGGUCCGUGGCAAAUGUUACAUGUAACACUGGAUACGAAGCUAGUGUGGGAAAUAUAACAUGUCUGUCGUCUGGUGUCUGGGAACAUAACGCAACUUGUGUGUCUGUUGACUGUGGACCAGUUCUAGAUAUAGAGAAUGGCGUUGUUGUGUUAUGGGACACGACGAAUACAUCAUAUGGAGCUAUUGCGAACAUCACAUGCGAUGAAGGUUACAUUGCCAGUGCUUCAAAUAGUUCAUGUCUAGAUACAGGUUACUGGGACGACAAUGUAACCUGUUCAGGCUGUGGACUACUCCCAGACAUAGAAAACGGUCAAAUCGUCCUCGCUGAUAUCACCAACAUAUCUUACGGGUCCGUGGCAAAUGUUACAUGUAACACUGGAUACGAAGCUAGUGUGCCAAAUAUAACAUGUCUGUCGUCUGGUGUCUGGGAACAUAACGCAACUUGUGUGUCUGUUGACUGUGGACCAGUUCUAGAUAUAGAGAAUGGCGUUGUUGUGUUAUGGGACACGACGAAUACAUCAUAUGGAGCUAUUGCGAACAUCACAUGCGAUGAAGGUUACAUUGCCAGUGCUUCAAAUGUUUCAUGUCUAGAUACAGGUUACUGGGACGACAAUGUAACCUGUUCAGGCUGUGGACUAGUCCCGGACAUAGAAAACGGUCAAAUCGUCCUCGCUGAUAUCACCAACAUAUCUUACGGGUCCGUGGCAAAUGUUACAUGUAACACUGGAUACGAAGCUAGUGUGGCAAAUAUAACAUGUCUGUCGUCUGGUGUCUGGGAACAUAACGCAACUUGUGUGUCUGUUGACUGUGGACCAGUUCUAGAUAUAGAAAAUGGCGUUGUUGUGUUAUGGGACACGACGAAUACAUCAUAUGGAGCUAUUGCGAACAUCACAUGCGAUGAAGGUUACAUUGCCAGUGCUUCAAAUAUUUCAUGUCUAGAUACAGGUUACUGGGACGACAAUGUAACCUGUUCAGGCUGUGGGCUAGUCCCGGACAUAGAAAACGGUCAAAUCGUCCUCGCUGAUAUCACCAACAUAUCUUACGGGUCCGUGGCAAAUGUUACAUGUGACACUGGAUACGAAGCUAGUAUGGCAAAUAUAACAUGUCUGUCGUCUGGUGUCUGGGAAAAUAACGCAACUUGUGUGUCUGUUGACUGUGGACCAGUUCUAGAUAUAGAGAAUGGCGUUGUUGUGUUAUGGGACACGACGAAUACAUCAUAUGGAGCUACUGCGAACAUCACAUGCGAUGAAGGUUACAUUGCCAGUGCUUCAAAUAUUUCAUGCCUAGAUACAGGUUACUGGGACGAUAAUGUAACCUGUUCAGGCUGUGGACUAGUCCCGGACAUAGGAAACGGUCAAAUCGUCCUCGCUGAUAUCACCAACAUAUCUUACGGGUCCGUGGCAAAUGUUACAUGUAACACUGGAUACGAAGCUAGUGUGGCAAAUAUAACAUGUCUAUCGUCUGGUGUCUGGGAACAUAACGCAACUUGUGUGUCUGUUGACUGUGGACCAGUUCUAGAUAUAGAGAAUGGCGUUGUUAUGUUAUGGGACACGACGGAUACAUCAUAUGGAGCUAUUGCGAACAUCACAUGCGAUGAAGGUUACAUUGCCAGUGCUUCAAAUAUUUCAUGUCUAGAUACAGGUUACUGGGACGACAAUGUAACCUGUUCAGGCUGUGGGCUAGUCCCGGACAUAGAAAACGGUCAAAUCGUCCUCGCUGAUAUCACCAACAUAUCUUACGGGUCCGUGGCAAAUGUUACAUGUAACACUGGAUACGAAGCUAGUGUGGCAAAUAUAACAUGUCUGUCGUCUGGUGUCUGGGAAAAUAACGUAACAUGUGUGUCUGUUGACUGUGGACCAGUUCUAGAUAUAGAGAAUGGCGUUGUUGUGUUAUGGGACACGACGAAUACAUCAUAUGGAGCUACUGCGAACAUCACAUGCGAUGAAGGUUACAUUGCCAGUGCUUCAAAUAUUACCUGUCUAGAUAUAGGUUUCUGGGACGAUAAUGUAACCUGUUCAGGCUGUGGACUGAUCCCGGACAUAGAAAACGGUCAAAUCGUCCGCGCUGAUAUCACCAACAUAUCUUACGGGUCCGUGGCAAAUGUUACAUGUAACACUGGAUACGAAGCUAGUGUGGCAAAUAUAACAUGUCUGUCGUCUGGUGUCUGGGAACAUAACGCAACUUGUGUGUCUGUUGACUGUGGACCAGUUCUAGAUAUAGAGAAUGGCGUUGUUUUGUUAUGGGACACGACGAAUACAUCAUAUGGAGCUAUUGCGAACAUCACAUGCGAUGAAGGUUACAUUGCCAGUGCUUCAAAUAUUUCAUGUCUAGAUACAGGUUACUGGGACGACAAUGUAACAUGUUCAGGCUGUGGACUAGUCCCGGACAUAGAAAACGGUCAAAUCGUCCUCGCUGAUAUCACCAACAUAUCUUACGGGUCCGUGGCAAAUGUUACAUGUUACACUGGAUACGAAGCUAGUGUGGCAAAUAUAACAUGUCUGUCGUCUGGUGUCUGGGAAAAUAACGCAACUUGUGUGUCUGUUGGCUGUGGACCAGUUCCAGAUAUAGAGAAUGGCGUUGUUGUGUUAAGGGACACGACAAAUACAUCAUAUGGAGCUAUUGCGAACAUCACAUGCGAUGAAGGUUACAUUGCCAGUGCUUUAAAUAUUACAUGUCUAGAUACAGGUUACUGGGACGACAAUGUAACCUGUUCAGGCUGUGGGCUAGUCCCGGACAUAGAAAACGGUCAAAUCGUCCUCGCUGAUAUCACCAACAUAUCGUACGGGUCCGUAGCAAAUGUUACAUGUCACACCGGAUACGAAGCAGGUGUGGCAAUUAUAACAUGUCUGUCGUCUGGUGUCUGGGAACAUAACGCAACUUGUGUGUCUGUUGGCUGUGGACUUGUCCCGGACAUAGAUAAUGGUCAAAUUGUCCUCGCUAAUAUCACCGAAACAGGCUACGGGGCCGUGGCAAAUGUUACAUGUCACACUGGAUACGAAGCUAGUGUGGCAAAUAUAACAUGUCUGUCGUCUGGUGUCUGGGAACAUAGCGCAACUUGUGUGUCUGUUGGUUGUGGGCCAGUUCCAAACAUUGAAAAUGGACAGUUUAUCCUAUUGGACAGUUCAAACACGUCGGUGGGAACCGUGGCCAACGUGACAUGUGACAUUGGCUACGUUGCUGGUGCAUCAAAUAUAUCAUGUCUGAAGAAUGGCCAGUGGGAGGACAAUGUGACCUGUUCUAUUGUUGAAUGUGAUCCUUGGCCGUCAAUUUCACACGGAAGUAUUGAUGUCUUCAGCAACUCUUCAAUUGGAGACCUCGCUAAUGUAACUUGUGAUGUGGGAUAUGAAGUCAGUGUUUUAAAUAUCACUUGUUUGGAAUCUGGAGAUUGGGAAAAUGUCACUUGUGACAUCAUAGAUUGCGGACAAAUUCCUAGUAUAGAUAAUGGACAACUUUAUCUUUUGGAUAGCUCCAACACAUCUUUUGGAGCCGUGGCAAACGUGACUUGCGACACAGAUUACGUUGCAAAUACUCCGAACAUAUCCUGUUUAGAGACAGGCUUCUGGGACGAUGAUGUAAACUGCUCAGUUGCUGAAACUGGUUGCGGACAAGUUCCAGUCAUAGAAAAUGGGCGCAUUUCCCCCUUAGUUAGUUCUAAUACAUCACUUGGAGCUAUGGCAAAUGUGACAUGUGACACAGGUUAUGUUGCUAAUACUCCAAAUAUAACUUGCUUGGAGAAUGGCCACUGGAAUGAUAAUGCGACAUGUUCCAUCGUUGCAUGUGAUUCCAUGCCAUCUAUUUUGAAUGGUAGAAUAGAUGUGUUAGGCAACUCAUCAUACGAUGCCCAGGCAAAUGUUACAUGUGGUACGGGGUAUGCGGCAAAUGUAUCAAUAAUCACUUGUCUUGAGUCUGGUAAUUGGGAGAACGUUACUUGUGAUGUGAUAGAUUGCGGACAAAUUCCUAAUAUAGAAAAUGGACGGCUGUAUCUUUUGGAUAACUCUAAUACAUCAUUUGGAGCCGUGGCAAACGUGACUUGUGACACAGAUUACGUUGCUAAUACUCCAAACAUAUCCUGUUUGGAGACAGGCUUCUGGGAUGAUGAUGUAAACUGUUUUAUUGCUGAAACAGGUUGCGGACGAGUUCCAGUCAUUGCAAAUGGUCACAUAAUCCCCUUAGAUAGUUCUAAUACAUCCUUUGGAGCUACGGCAAAUGUAACAUGUGACACAGGAUAUGAUGCUAAUACUCCAAAUAUAACUUGCUUGGAGAACGGCUACUGGGAUGAUAAUGUGACAUGUUCCGUUGUUGAAUGUGAUUCCAUGCCAUCUAUUUUAAAUGGUAGAAUAGAUGUGUUAGACAACUCAUCAUACAAUGCCGAGGCAAAUGUAACAUGUGAUACAGGAUAUGCUGCAAAUGUAUCAAUAAUCACUUGUCUUGAGUCUGGUUAUUGGGAGAACGUUACUUGUGAUGUCAUAGAUUGCGGACAAAUUCCUAAUAUAGAAAAUGGACGGCUUUAUCUUUUGGAUAACUCUAACACAUCAUUUGGAGCCGUGGCAAACGUGACUUGUGACACAGAUUACGUUGCCAAUACUCCAAACAUAUCCUGUUUGGAGACUGGCUUCUGGGACAAUGAUGUAAACUGCUCUAUUGCUGAAACAGGUUGCGGACAAGUUCCAGUCAUUGCAAAUGGUCGCAUUUUACCCUUAGAUAGUUCUAAUACAUCCUUUGGAGCUAUAGCAAAUGUGACAUGUGACACAGGAUAUGUUGCUAAUACUCCAAAUAUAACUUGCUUGGAGAACGGCUACUGGGAUGAUAAUGUGACAUGUUCCGUUGUUGAAUGUGAUUCCAUGCCAUCUUUAUUGAAUGGGAGAAUAGAAGUGUUAGACAAUUCAUCAUACAAUGCCGAUGCAAAUGUAACAUGUGAUACAGGAUAUGCUGCAAAUGUAUCAAUAAUCACUUGUCUUGAGUCUGGUUAUUGGGAGAACGUUACUUGUGAUGUGAUAGAUUGCGGACAAAUUCCUAAUAUAGAAAAUGGACGGUUUUAUCUUUUGGAUAACUCUAACACAUCAUUUGGAGCCGUGGCAAACGUGACUUGUGACACAGAUUACGUUGCCAAUACUCCAAACAUAUCCUGUUUGGAGACAGGCUUCUGGGACGAUGAUGUAAAUUGCUCUAUUGCUGAAACAGGUUGUGGACAAGUUCCUGUCAUUGCAAAUGGUCGAAUUUUGCCCUUAGAUAGUUCUAAUACAUCCUUUGGAGCUACGGCAAAUGUGACAUGUGACACAGGAUAUGUUGCUAAUACUCCGAAUAUAACUUGCUUGAAGAACGGCUACUGGGAUGAUAAUGUGACAUGUUCCGUUGUUGCCUGUGAUUCCAUGCCAUCUAUUUUGAAUGGUAGAAUAGAUGUGUUAGGUAACUCAUCAUACGAUGCCCAGGCAAAUGUUACAUGUGAUACGGGGUAUGCGGCAAAUGUAUCAAUAAUCACUUGUCUUGAGUCUGGUAAUUGGGAGAACGUUACUUGUGAUGUGAUAGAUUGCGGACAAAUUCCUAAUAUAGAAAAUGGACGGCUGUAUCUUUUGGAUAACUCUAAUACAUCAUUUGGAGCCGUGGCAAACGUGACUUGUGACACAGAUUACGUUGCUAAUACUCCAAACAUAUCCUGUUUGCAGACAGGCUUCUGGGAUGAUGAUGUAAACUGCUCUAUUGCAGAAACAGGUUGCGGACAAGUUCCAGUCAUUGCAAAUGGUCGCAUUUUCCUGUCAGAUAGUUCUGAUACAUCCCUUGGAGCUAUGGCAAAUGUGACAUGUGACACAGGAUACGUCGCUAAUACUCCAAAUAUAACUUGCUUGGAUAACGGCUCCUGGGAUGAUAAUGUGACAUGUUCUAUUGUUGAAUGUGAUUCCAUGCCAUCUAUUUCAAACGGUAGAAUAGAUGUGUUAGAAAACUCAUCAUACAAUGCCGAUGCAAAUGUAACAUGUGAUACAGGAUAUGCGGCAAAUGUAUCAAUAAUCACUUGUCUUGAGUCUGGUAAUUGGGAGAACGUUACUUGUGAUGUGAUAGAUUGCGGAGUCGUUCCUAAUAUAGAAAAUGGGCAGUACUUCCCGCUGGAUAGUUCAAAUACUACCAUUGGAGCCGUUGCAAAUUUGACAUGCGACACGGGAUACAUUGCUACUGUUUCAAAUAUAUCAUGUCUUGAGACAGGUUACUGGGACGAUAAUGCAGAUUGCGUAAUUGUUGAAUGUGGUUGGGUACCAUCAAUACAACACGGCAACGUAGAUUUAGUAGGUGACGCUACAUCUUACGGAGCAAUGGCGUAUGUAACGUGUGACUCUGUGUACACAGCCAGUACUCCUAAUAUCACCUGUCAGGAGUCAGGCGAAUGGGAAAACGCUUCAUGUGAAAUUACAGGUUGUGGCACUUUUCCAAGCAUACCAAAUGGUGUCAUCUAUGAGAACGGAGGGAACACAUCCAUUGGUGCUGCUGCAUUUGUUUCGUGUGAUACAGGGUUUGAUAGCAGCGUACAAUGGGUAACAUGUCUCGACAAUGGGUACUGGGAAAAUGCGACAUGCUAUCCAAAAGACUGUGGCGCAGUUACAAGCAAUAUAUCCGAAGGGGCCGUUGAACUAAUAGAUCCCAGUAAUACCUCUUACGGAGCUGUUGCGUUAGUGCGAUGCAACCAAGGCUUUGAAGCUGUACCGCUGACUGUGAUCUGUGCAGCAACGGGAGAGUGGGAAGAAGCGUCAUGUGAACCAAUAGAUUGUGGAGACCCACAAAUUGUUCAAUAUGGAACAGUGACCCUAGCUGAUACAUCGGAUACAGGUUAUGGCGCAGAGGCCAUGCUUCAGUGUGAAUCGGGCUUUGAUGCAACAUUAACAACGUUUCUGUGUCAAGAAAAUGGAGACUGGGAAAAUGCAACAUGUAGUCCUAAGGAUUGUGGAGAAGUGCCAUAUAUCGAUAACGGCGAUAUAGUUCUUGUUGACAGUAACAACUCAACAUACAGAGCUCAAGCAUCUGUGAAUUGUGAUCCUGGCUACAGUGCUGAUAAAUCUCAUAUCACAUGUCUGUCAUCGGGAAACUGGGACAAUAAUAUCACUUGUAUCAUAAAUGAGUGUAAUGUAAACAAUGUACCAGUUAUUGCCAAUGGCGAAGUGGUAUUGAACACUGCCAGUAAUCAGACAAUUGCUUCAUUAGUUAAUGUGAGCUGUUAUAAUGGAUUUGGUGCGACUUCCCCAGUUGUUGCAUGUAUGGGACAAGGUGUAUGGCAAAAUAAUAUAACAUGUACUCCUUAUGCUCUUGGUACCGUAAAGGUUGGAACUGGACAGGAAAUUGCUAAUGGGCAGCAUACAGCCUUCUUCAGAUGUGCGUUUAGCAUUGCGGACGGUUUGAAAUACAAAAUCAAAUGGUACAUCAAUGGACUGGAGUUUUAUGAUACAGGGAUAUUAAGCUCGGCACAAACUUCGACAUCUGUCUUGACAGAUGACAUGUUUACUGAUGCUGUGAAUAACCAUUUACAGUCACAGUUCUUUGGCCUGGAGGUAACAUGUUCUGUGGUGGUGUUUGAUGGAGCUGGUUCAACAGAACUAGAAAACGAAACAAGUGGAGUUCUAAUCCCUUUUGACGUAUCAACAAAUUAUAUUACAAUGACGAGAGGAAAAGAGGUCACAUUCACCGUUUUCCUAAAUGUACCGUUUGGCUGUCCGGCAGGUUCUCAGGGCUGCUUUCUUAGAUUCGUAGUGUACGACCCAUACGAUUCAUACAGUUGCUAUGACUCGUCCAUAGCAGCUAUUCACAGUGAUACUUGUGGUGGGAAAGUAGAUGGCGCUACGGAAGGGACAAUAGGACACGUGACUUCCACAAGUACGAUUACGAAUAUCACCAUAACUACAAAGAAUAACCGUUGGUAUCGGCUUCGUCGGUAUUUCUCCCUUGUUCUUAAAUUUGCAGCCGUUGGAAAUUCUAAGCCAUUCUGGAAUAACCCGUCAUCAAGCAUUACGGUAAUUGUAAAUGAGAACUACUACACACGAUACAGGGGUUGCUAUUCGUUUGUUGACCCAUACAUAUACACAUUUGAUCGAAGAUGGUAUUCAAAUCAGCUACUAGAGACGUUUGUUAUGUUUCGUCAUAAAACCCUUCCGAUUGAGGUUCAGACAGUUACCGCCCCUUGUAAUCGCUGGGCUACGUGCUCCUGUGCUGUAACAGUACGUGCGGGCGGGGACGUGUUUUCCAUCAACCACUGUUAUGGGCAUCUCACGAGCUACUUGUCAUCUAAGGAUGGAAUAUUGAAAGUAUAUAAACUGUGGUCCACAUAUUAUCAGAUAAUCCUUCCGACGGGAAUGCAAGUAUUUGUGUAUAUAAUGUCCUACUUUAAUUACAUGAUGAACGUCUACGUGACACCGACACCAUCAGAUUUCGAACAAAUGGAAGGUCUUUGUGGAAAUUUCAACGGCGACUUUAGAGAUGACACUGUUCUUCGCGGUUCAACAUAUUCCGAUCCAGUCGAAGAAUACUAUGGCUAUUGGUGGUGGUGGAGCGAUUACUUUUAUCCACAUGAAUUUGCAUAUUCAUGGGGUUUACAGUUGACGGGAAGAUCAGAUGAAAACCUUUUAAAUCCUGAUGUUUACGAAAACGUAGAAGUAUGGGAUAGCAAUAAGAAGCUUUGCGUCUGUCCGGACGCAAACAGCGGCGCCAGCUACGACGCUUUGUGCUCGGCAGAUGAAGAAGCUACGUGUACGCGUCCUAUUUGGCGAUGGGGUACUUUGGUCGAAGCCACGUCACGACAGACACGGGAUGUUGACGGUAACGGGAAAAGUAUACACCAUUCAAAAAGAGACACAGCAAGGAGACUGGUUAAGAUGACGAACAGAUGGAAAGAAGCUCGAGAAAAACAUGCUGCAUUACGGAAGAAGAGGCAGAUUAAUAAUAGCACGACAAUAUCCUGGGAAGAAGCAGAAAUAAUAUGUACAGAGAAAUUGAGCAAUGAUUGUAAUACCUACACGAAGAAAGAUGACGUCAGUGACAUUGCUGAAUCAAAUGACACGUUAGACAACUGUAUAAGAGAUACUAUGGUAAAGUUUAUUUUCUUCUAA